GCCAAGUUGUGAAACAUUUGGUUUCCCUAUGUUGUUAACACGUUAUGAUAUCUAUUCGUCUAUUCGUGUAACAGGAAUUUGUGACUUGAAUAACAAUCUGGAUCAGCAGUAUAAUUUAAUAUGAAUGACAACAAUAUGGAUUCUGAUCAAGUUCAACAAACAGGUUGGUGACAUUACAUAGAAGUUGCUGUUUUUCUAAUAAUAAAACAUUGUUUCUGAGAGUUUAUCUCUUUAAAUGUCUAGUUUCAAAUAUCAUUAAACCGUUUGUAAUUCAUCUAAUGUAAUUCCUACCACUACAUAUAUUGGAAAUGAGCUGUAUUUCUCAUAGAAUGCACUUGUUGGUUGCAACAAAAAAAAAAACAGUUGUUACAUUGUUAAUAUGUUCUGUUUUCAGUCGGACUCUGACUGCAAUUAUGUACUCUAAUAUGGCUUUAUGUUAUGUUCUAAUUAAAGGAUUCAUUUAUUUCAUAAUGCCCACAUAUUGUGUUUACUGUGUGAUUGAUUGAUUGACUGAUUCACUCAUUUAUUCAUUAUUUGAUCAAUUCAUUCUUUCUGUAGAUGGCAUGACGUUAGAAGAAUCAACAAGUGGUCCUAAUCAAAGGAUAACAAGAUAUCAGAUCCUCACAUUGAUAUCAAUGGCAUCUGUCAACUUCAGCUCAAUGAUCUGCUACUCUAUACUGGGGCCAUUCUUCCCCAACGAGGUAAUGUUCAAUACCAACCAUUUUAUUUAUUCAUUGCUUGUGAAAUAGGCUAAGCUGUCUGAGCAGUAAUGCAGAAUUAUUAUGCAGAAUCAUGAUUUCUUUAUUCAGAUUACAGAAUAAUAUAGCCUACAAAACAGAAAUGACAAAUGUUUAGGAGGGCCAUAGUAAAAGUUCACUCUUAAUUUUCUUGGUUGGAUGUAGGACAUCACUAUAUGACUGUUCAAGUGGUUGUCUGUGUAUCAUGUGUUGGACAUGAGCAAAGCCCCUAAGGGCAAUGAUGUACCAUACAAUGGACACUCACACAUCAACACAGGUCAGAUGAUAGGCUGUCCAGUGGACAUAUGCAUUUCAGUGACCAGAGAGUAGUCUCUAGUGACUGACUGAAAUCCCUGUUAUAAGGCCUAGGCAAUUUAAUGGUGUCAAAAUAAUGACAUAACCAAUCUAAUGAAGUCAUGACCACUGAUAUGAUAGCCUAUGGCAAGUGUCAUAACUCAAGUAAUGGCACAAACUUUCAUGGGUGAGUUUUCCAAUAACAUCAGAUCAUCUUUGGCAUUAAGAUCAUUGUUUGUCUAUUGCCUACCAAUUGACUGAAGGUGAUCGAAUUGCUAAAGCUGAUCUAUAUGCUUUUGGGAAACUCACCCCAGAUUAUUAAACUUAGGCUAGUGAUAAACUGACCUAAACAACACUUUGAGUCAUGACUGUUUUAUAGUCAGCUGUUGUGACUGUUGUCCAAUUUUGUUAAGCACAGGCCCUCGUCUUCCAAAAGGAAAACAACUUAUUGUGCACAACGGAAGCUUUUCAGCAAGCUUUUUGGUGUUUUGCAGUAUUUGUAUGUUUGAUUAUUGUAAUGUAUUGAUAGUACAGGAGUAUUAUGUAUCUAUUGUUUCUGUACAGGCCAUGAAAAAAGGAGCCAGUCAGACAGUCAUCGGACUUAUAUUUGGCUGUUAUGCUCUGUGCAAUCUCAUGGGCUCUUUAGUACUGGGUAAAUAUGUAAGUAUUUGGAAUUUCUAGGCUAUGUACCAAAUGACACCCUAUUCCCUAUGUAGUGCACUACUUUUGACCAGGCUCAUAGGGCUCAUAGAGAAUAUGGUGCCAUUUGGGACGCACACAUCCUACGUCUAGUCAUCAGACUACUCUGCUUGCAACAUGACUUGUCACACACAAAACACAUGCCUCCUCUCUGUCCUUUCAGAUUGUCCAGAUCGGGGCAAAGGUCAUGCUAAUUUCUGGCUUAUUUGUGUCAUCGGGGUGCACCAUUCUCUUUGGGUGAGUGAGUUAUCCAUCAACAGACACCAGCUAAAGUGCCAAAGCACAUUUCUAAGUGCCCUCCUCAACAUUUUACUCAACUUGGACAAAUACAUAUUUUAGUCUAAAACUUUUCCUCUUCUUGUUUUGCAGCUUACUCGACAGAGUUCCUGAGGGAGCUACUUUUAUUACUCUGUGCUUUAUCGUAAGGUCUGUUGAUGCUGUGGGCUUCAGUGCUGCAAUGACGUCUUCUUUUGCAAUUUCAGCAAAAGUUUUCCCAAACAACAUAGCAACUGUUUUGGUGAGUUUAGUCAACCAACCCUUGUGUAAGGGUCUGCCUGGUAUGUUAUGUGUAGGCAUUAGACACCAUGCUCAAACAAAAAAGCAUUAUGGUUUAGGUUGUUUAAAUGUUUUGUAUCCAAAGAGUUUUGCCCAAUUCGUGUUGUGGCUGUCUGAAAGCCUCCUUAGCAACAGGCAUCGUGACUAGUUCCUCUAUUUGGUCAUAAUGAUAUGAUGAUGAUACAAUUGGAUUCUGUGUGGAAUUGUAAACAGAAGCCUGUUGGUACGAGGUAAAACUGCAUGUGCACAUUUACUAUGUUGAAUAUUAAUGUGUUGUGUUUGUCUUUUCAGGGUAGUUUGGAGAUUUUUACAGGGCUGGGUAUGAUACUGGGACCACCAAUAGGUGGUUGGUUGUAUCAGUCAUUUGGAUAUGAAGUCCCUUUCAUCGCUCUGGGAUGCUUCCUAUUUCUCAUGGUCCCCUUCAACAUGUACAUCUUACCAAGCUUUGGUAACUGCUUAUUCAUGAUUUAUGAACUUUUAACUAAUAAUGACCUGUCUAUAAACUAGUUACAUCCUUUACGUUCCCCCAUUGAAGAAUAAAGUGUGUAAAUUGUUAACUGAAUGUUCACGUUUUCUGAUUCGAAAAGAGACCGACAUUUUGAGACCACAUUGUUUGUAUUUGUCAUUAUGACAAUAUUUUGUAUUUUUGGGGGGAUUCAAUUAUUCAUGUGAUGAUAUUUCGUGCUUAAUUAUAUUAAUCUGUUUGUUCCACUGUUCAGCUGCUGAUCCUACCAAGGACUCCUUCUUCAGGCUGUUCACGCAUCUGAAGAUAGUCCUUAUUUGCUUUGCAAUAUUCACCCUGAGCUCUGGACUCGGCCUUCUGGAUGCAACCUUGUCUAUAUAUGCCAUUGAUAAGGUAAAGCCAGGCAUAUACCACGGUUGCGGUGAAUUCCAUUUCAAUUCCGUUUACUUACUGAAUUGACUGAACUGGCAUUUUCCAAACCCUGGUAUAACUGAAAGCCUCAUAUCUGAAAAUAUAUUUAUGUCACAUUUCAAAAUGCGAUUGUUAUGUCCAGUAGGAUGGACCUCGAUACCUUAAUAUGUUUCUCCUUUGUUUCUACAUGUAGUUUGACCUCUCUCCAGGUUAUGUGGGUCUUCUCUUGCUUGGCCUGUCAUUGCCUUACUGUCUGGCCUCACCUCUGCUUGGUAUCGUUAGUGACAGGUUUCCUGUGAGUAUAGUUAACCCAACACUAUACUAUACCAACCAAUACCAGUGGUGUAUCGUAGUCACAACUUCUCUUUUACACACAUAGACAAUAAUGUGAUUUUUACCUUCUGGUUGUGUUUCCAGUCCACGAGGCCGUGGUUGAUGGUGCUAGGAGGCUUGUCUACAGCAACUGGUUUCUGGUUCUUAGGUCCUGUCCCCAUUCUGCAGAUACAGAGGUCCGAAUCUGUUAUUAUCAGUGUGAAAUGUCUUAUUAUUACUAUAAUUGUACUACUAUUAUACUAACAAGAAGAAUUAUACUUAUUUUGUCUCUGUAGUCAGCUGUGGCUGUUGGUCUUCAUGCUGGUUGUCAUAGGAUUCUCUCUAGGCAUGAUUGCCAUCCCCACCUUCCCUGAAAUACUCAACUGUGCAUAGUGAGUUCACCAGUCACAUACACACCAGGGCACGUACACACACACACACUAUAUUUGCAAUGUCCACUUUCACUUAGAAAAACAGGUGUCAUCAUAAUGCAUGAGGUGCAGAAUACGGAAUAAUAUUUAAAACAUUUCCGAUGGCAGUGAAAAUGGAUUUGAGGAGGGGCUGAGCACUCUUGGACUGGUGUCUGGGUUGUUUGGAGCAGUGUGGUCCAUUGGGUAUGUGCUUAAUAUAUUUGUCAUAUUAACUCUCUGAGGCAUGAUUUGAGAGUUGGAGUUUGGAGAUAUGAAUCCUAAACAAAGGUGUGUUUUAUUUGUUCAGAAUGUUUUGUGGUCCAACGCUCGGUGGCUUCACCACACAGCAGCUGAGCUUUGAGUGGGCUGCUUCUGUUCAAGGAGGCCUGGCCUUUUUAGCC